AUGGCCUGCCAGCACCCUCGCCGUAGGACUCCGCCUGCUUGCCCGGAUGCCUCUGUCGGCAAUGGUUUGAGCCUUAAGACCAACAUGACCCUCCGUAAGGCUGCUACCUUCCACUCAUCUUCCACAUCGUCUUCGCUUGCCGCCUUCGUUCCUCCCGCACUCGGCCGGUCGCAGUCGAGCCUCGAAGAUGUCGUAGAUGCUCAUCGUCGCCGUAUGGCAUUCAUCGUCGACAUCUUCGACAGCUCCCUCAGCCUGGACGACGACGCCCGUACGCCUUCAGCUCCCGCGCCUCUCCGCGACGAAAGCUAUCCCGUCCCCCGGGGCCUCCUUCCGCCCCCCGUUGUGGACCCAGCCGUCGUCGCCGCCGCCGCCGCCUUGAAGACACCAACCGAGAGACACAUCAUCCGUCCGAGACACCGCCGUUCGUCCCGUCAUCACGAGUCAGACAGCGGUCUCGGCACUUCGCUUGGGUCGACAAACGAGAAGCAGUCGGCUGUUUCCAUCUCAAAGACGGCCACCAAGGCCUCCGCCAUUACCAGAUCCGCCGCAGCGUCCUCCUCUACGAUGGAGAGCCUACCCGGCCUCGGCCCGAAGGCCAUCAGCCGUAUCCAUCAGCGUGUUCUUCACCCUUUGCGGGCCAAGGCUUCCCUGAAAGACUUUGAGUCUAUCGUCUUGGACGUUCCUAGGCGUAUUCGCGAGAAGGAAAUUGUUUGCCUCAGGGACCUCGAGAAGACCCUCAUCUUCAUGGCACCGGAGAGGGCGAAAACGGCAAACCUGUACCUCGACUUCUGCCUUACGUCCAUUCAAUGCAUCCAAGCGACCGUCGAAUAUAUCAGCGACCGAGAGCAGAUCCGGCCCAACGAUCGCCCGUACACUAACGGAUAUUUCAUCGACCUCGUGGAGCAGAUUCACCAAUACGCUCAUCAGCUCGCUGCAGCUAAGGAGGCCGACGACAUGGAUGUGGACCCUACCGACGAAAUCAAACUCUUCGGCGGUGUUUCAGUGAACGGUCGCCCUGCGGAGCUUGUCCGCGUCCGCAAGGACGGAAAGGCCAUCUCUAUGGCCACAGGCUUGCCCGUGGACCUUGACGACGAGGCGAAAGGUUCCCCCAAGCUGAAGCGGUCUCUGAGCCAGCAGCUCGAGGACGAAGAAGAAAUUCUACGAUCCAUGGCCCGACGGAAGAAGAAUGCCACCCCCGAGGAGCUCGCGCCCAAGAAAUGCCGGGAGCCCGGCUGCAACAAGGAGUUCAAGCGUCCCUGCGACUUGACGAAACAUGAGAAGACGCACUCUCGCCCUUGGAAGUGCCCUCUCACGACCUGCAAGUAUCACGAGUACGGCUGGCCAACGGAGAAGGAGAUGGACCGUCAUAUCAAUGACAAGCACUCGGCCGCGCCUGCCAUGUUCGAGUGCCACUACAAACCUUGCCCCUACAAGUCCAAGCGCGAAUCCAACUGCAAGCAGCACAUGGAGAAGGCCCACGGCUGGACGUACGUUCGCACCAAGACCAACGGCAAUAAGUCCGCAAGCAAGGCCGCCAGCUCGACCCAGCCGACCCCGCAGCUGGGCACCAUGCCUACUCCCUCAAGCAGUCACAGCAUCGCUACGCCGCCUGAACAACACGUGGAUCAGUUCGUCUCCCUGGGGAGCGACGAUAACGGCGGCAUUGACUUCCCCGCGUACAUGUCCUCCGAGGAGUUCAAUGACCAAUACAUGUCCAUGAUUGGCGAACAGCCAGCCUUGACCGUGGAAGAUAUCAAUCUCGAGCUCUCGCCGACUGAUCACAACACGCCGUCGACUGAUUCGUCGUACGGAAGAUACUCGACCUACCAAGAAGGCCCGGACUUUAUCAUCCACGACGAUAUCUAUAACGCUCAUGUUCAGGUCCCGCCGACACUCUGGCAGGCCGAUGGCAAACUGAUGCCUGGUCUGCCGGGCUUCCAGACAGUGUCCAUGUGCCAGCCUCACCCUGCGCAACCACAGGUAGCUCCGCACUUUUCCCCGACGGGACAGACGAAUGCCGUGUUGUUUACGCCCAAUUCACUGGGUGAAGUGGAUGAAGGAUUUGAUGAUUUCCCGGUGACCGGCGAUGACUUCCAGCUCUUUCCGAACACCGGUCUGACCAAAGAAGACCAAUUUGACUCCCUCUUCGGCGAGGUACCUAGCGCGGGCCUUGGAUUUUCGCAGACCAACUCUCAAGUUCUCUUUCCCGCCGACAUGGACUGGGCCCACAUGGAGUAUCAGGCCUACCACCAGCAACAGCAGUAG